AUGAUUCCAUAUUUAUGCGGUCUCACAACUUGCGAACAAAGAACGAAAUUUAAUUAUACAUUAAAUAAUCGAUAUACGUAUGAUUACAAUGUUGAAAUAUCAUCAUUGUUUCGUGGUACCAGUGAAAAUAGGUCCACGUUAUUUAUAAAAAGUCAGGUACAACUUAGUUUCACUUCACCCUGUCAGGGAAAAAUGAUAGUGAACAAUGUUGCAUUAUCUGAAAAUAAAUUCAAUAUUUUUGAUGAUGAAGACAGCAGCACCAGUACCAGCAGCGAAAAUCAUGCAAAUAGUGAAAAUUUCGAUGAAGCCAUAUCAAAAUAUCCGUUAAGAUUUAAAUUUAACGAUGGAAACAUUGAAGAAAUAUGCCCGGAUGAAAACGAACCCGUAUGGGUACUAAAUUUUAAACGUGGAAUAUUAUCAUCAUUUCAUAAUACAAUGAUGAGAUUUGAUGUAGAACAAGAUGAAGUAGAAACGGAUGUAAAUGGCGAUUGUCAAACAAGGUACCGACUUCAAAGAGCUCAAGGAACAUCUUUAAUUUUACACAAAGCUAAAAAAUUAGAUACCUGCGAUAACAGAUAUGAUUUUCAUACAAUCGUACAAGCAAAUCGAUAUAGAUUCGAUCAUAAAAUUUAUGAUGGUAUUAUAUGCGAAGAAGUACAUACAUUUCAACCAUUUUCAAAAGGUGAAAAUGGUUCUCAAACGAUUGUAAAACAAAGUUUAAAACUUAGAACUAGUCUUUUGUUCGAUCAUUCCGUUACUCCAAAACCUACCUCCGGAGAACUCAAAGCUUCGAGAGAUUUAAUAAAACUUUUAUGUCAGUUAAAUGCUGAUGACGUUCAAGAUGGUUAUGCUGAAGCUUUUACUAAAUUUAUUCAAACUGCAAGACGUUUAUCUUAUUCUGCUCUUUCUUUGAUUUAUAAAAGAGCCGGAAGUAUUUGUACCACGGGAAGAAAACACGUAACGGAUGCUUUUCCAUUUAUCGGUACCAACGUUGCGAUAACAAUUAUGAAAGAAGCCAUUUUAGAAAAUAGCGUAUCAGAUUCGACUGCACACGAAUGGCUUUUAUCAUUAUCAUUCAUUCCAAGACCAGAUGAAGAAACAAUCGAAUUGGUAGUUCCUUUAAUAGAUCACCCAAAAACGAAAAAUGAAUCUCAGUACAUAUUUAGCGUUUCUUCAUUGAUUCACACGUAUUGUAAACAUAAUUCCACGUGUCAAAAAAACGAAAACGUGCAAAAAUUUGUUAGCUAUAUCGAAGAACAAGUCACUUUGGGUUGUUCUAGAGGCACAUUAAACAGAACAUCAGAAACGGAGGCUAGUAAUAUGUUGAUUGUUUUAAAAGCUUUAGGAAAUUUAGGAUUGACAACUCAUACUUUAGAAGAAAAAUUAAAAAAUUGCAUUAACGAUAACGAAAUGAACAUGGCGGUUAGAAUAGCAGCCGUACAAUCGCACAGAAGAUUGUCCUGCACCCAAUCAAGAGAUUUUUAUUUAGAUAUAUAUAAAAAUGAUAGCAUCGACAGCGAAUUAAGAAUAGUCAGUUAUUUGGAAGUUAUGAAAUGUCCAAACUAUUACGUUACCACGGUGAUAAGAAAAUCUCUCGAAACGGAAGAAGUAAAUCAAGUGGGUUCUUUCGUAUGGUCACAUUUACAUAAUUUAUUAAAAUCAUCGGCAUUAAAUAAAGUCGAAAUUCAAAGUUUGUUAACUGAUAAAAAUUUAAGUGAAAAAUUUAACAUGGACAGAAGGAAAUUUUCAAGGAAUUAUGAAUAUUCGAUAUUUUUAGAUGAAUAUAACGUCGGUGGAAAUUUCGAAUCGAACGUUAUAUUUUCUUCGAAAUCUUAUUUACCAAGAUCUGGAAUGAUGAAUUUUACAAUUGAUUUAUUUGGUAGAUCGGUAAAUAUAUUAGAAGUUGAAACAAGACUAGAAGGUUUUGAACACGUUUUAGAACAUGCAUUUGGUCCAGGAGGUCCUUUUAGUUCAACGGAAGUCGGUAGUAAAUUGGAUAAACUUUCGAGAGUUAUUCGUGGCGUUUCUCAAGCAGACGAAUUUAAACCCAAUAAAAUAUUUUCAAACGUUAUCGAUAAUAAUUUUAAAUUACCUAAAAAAAAAAUAAAAAACAUUAAAAUGGUAUUUUUUAAGGUUUCUCUCGGUGUGAAAGUUUUCGGAAAUGAAAUAUCAUAUUCCGAUGUCGUUGGUCAUCCCGAAUUUAAUAAUUUAUUAAACAAAAUAAAUCCAGAACUUAGAAUAAGACAAAUUUUAUCGGGUAAAGAAAUUAAUUUUAAUAAAGCUGGAAUGUUUCUCGAUGUGGAUUAUAAUGUUCCAACAGGAAUAGGACUUCCGCUUACAUUGGCAGCCACUGGAACUGCUGCUGUAAGUCUUAACGUUGCAGGAAAUGUUAAAAGUUUACAUUUAAUGGCUUUAGACGUUCAGGGAAAAUUAAGACCGAGCGUGGCAGUAGAUGUCAGCGGUCAAAUGGGAAUCGAUGCAUAUUACGCAUCGACAGGAAUAAAAUUAAAAACUUCAUUACAUUCAUCGACGGCUUUAGACGGCCAUGUUAAAGUCGAAGGAAUGACUUUUGCUAAAUUAUCAUUUAAUUUACCUAAAGAAAAAGCAGAUAUAAUAACUGCCAAAACGGAUAUAAUUGUUAUGAAAAAUGAUAAAGAAGAAAUACAAUCUGGAAUAACAGAAAAUAAAGUUUCGGAAAAAGUUUGCAGUUGGCCUACUUUAGAUCAUACAUUAGGUUUGAAACUUUGUGCCGAUAUUGUUUUUCCAAAUGUGACUCAACAUAUUGAACAUAAUCAAAUAAAAUUAAAUUUACUCGACAAACGUAAAAAUAACAAAAGUUUUUGGCCUAGUUUUAUAUUAAACGGACCUGCGAAAUUCGCUUUGGUUUUAUACAAAGCAGAUCCUACAGCAAAAGAAUACGUAUUGGAAUAUAAUUGGAUACAAGAAAAAGAUAGCACGAAAAUAUCAUUGGUCUACGAUACUCCUCACAGUCAACAAAACCGAGAAUUAAGCGCUAGAUUACUUUUAAAUAAAAGUUCUAGAAAUUUAACACUUUUAUUACGUGCUGUCGAUAAUAAAUUUGAAGCUCACGGAAAGUACAAAUACACUCCGACAGAAAAAUAUUUAGAUUUUUCACUGGACGUAAAUGGAAAAAAACAUUUCAUUGCUCAAAUCGGUUUAAGAACGAAAGAAGUUAAAUACGGUUACAUAUAUCAACCGAGAUUAUAUUUAGCCGUUAAUGAAGAACGUAUAGCAGAAUUAUCGGGAACUGUUAAAAUAAUAGAAAAAAAUGAAAUAAAUCAAUGCGAUGUUAAUUUAGAAUUUAAAACGAAAAAAUUAUCCACGACACUAUUCGGAUACAUAAGUAGAGGAUCGUCGAGUUUUUCCGCGGAUCUUAAAUUAUCCUAUCAUUUUAGCACACCAGAAUACGUGAGAGUAACAUUGAAAUGGGUUAACAAAUCUUCGAAAAGUUUAACUCAUUUCAACGGUGAAUUUUCACUCGAUACUUCCGCAUAUAAACAUUUUAAUUUUGAAUCUUCUCUUAAAGCACAAGGUCAUGCAGAAUGCACAAUCGAAAUCAACACGCAGCCACAUUUAAAAUUAGACAGUCAUAAAUUUACAAUAAAAUUUGUUUUUUCACUAUCGAAAAGUUUCAACCAAAAAAAAAUUCGUGAAUAUGACUUGGAAGCUUCCAUUACUUGGUUUAACGGACAUAACGUGACAGCAAAAGGUAUUUACACGGAUAAAUCAGAAGGUGUCGUCACAAGUCACGCAUUAAAAUUAUUUUUACAAUCGCCUACAUUUACCGAUGUUGCCGUAGUCGGAAAAUUUUUCAUGGAUGAUUCGCAAUUUAAAUUAGAUCUUCAGGCGGAUCACGCAAAUGAAAAAUAUUCAAUUUUACUUAAACAUUUAGUACAGUCGCCAUUAGAAUUAGAUUUAUACGGAGAAGUUCGUUAUAAAAAUAGCAUUUAUAGUUUGACGACUUUAGUGAAUUUAAUCAAACAACGACAAGUUCUCGUCGAACUUCAUUUAGAUCAGUACAGAGACAUUCACAUAACAUUAAACGGCGUAAAUAUUCCAACGUAUAAACAAGGAGGUAUCGAAGUCAAAUGGGAUGCAAAUAGAGAUCCCAGUCAACGUUUUGAAGCAAUUUUUAAAUUUCAACAUCCCAGAUCCCUUAAUUACAGCACAGAAUUUUCCGUUACGUAUCCGGGAAGAUUAAUUAAAGGGAAAGCAUUAUUCGCAGUUUACGAUGUUAUCGAUUUUAAACUUGGAGCCGUUUACGAAAAUCAAAAUAUAACAAGUUUAAAAUUAACAUCCCAAUUAUUGACGCCAUUUGUAGGAUGGAAACAAAAAAAUCAAUUGCGUUUAAAUGGUACCGUUUGGUGGCAAGAUAAUCAAACGGUUUCUUUGGAUAUUUACGGUGAUUACGAAUUGUUGAAAAAAGUCACGCAAGAUGAUGAAGAUUAUUCCGAUUUCGAUUUAUUAUUAAGACCGGAUAUACCUGAUUUAUGGGUAGAAUUUAGUGCUUCUCUUAUAAGUACCGUAGCGGAAGUAAAACCAGGUCAAUCAAAUCAACUCAUUAGUAUAAAUAGUACCUGGGAAAUGUUUCCCGGUCCGAAUUCGACGAACGUAACGGGAACUAUAUUUUUAUUAUCACCGUAUAAAGGCUACGAAAAAGGAAUUUUAGUAGGACAAUUAUAUUACACGAUCGAUUUAGAUAUACACGGGGUAGCAGAAUUAAAUUUAGAUAGGAAAAAAUAUUCUGCCACGAUAGACGGUUAUAUUAAAUCGAUAAGAGAUAAUAAAUUUAUUAUCGAUAUGAAUACUCCAUUGGCUUUAUAUUCAAAAAUAACUGGAAAAUUGGGUUAUUCGGAAAUUAAUCGUCAUUUAAUGUGCAUAUGGGAAUCCCCAUCGAGUUCGAUAGGUUUUGAAAUAUUAUUCGAUUUUCAAAAUGCCGGAAAUUUCGAUUUGAAAUUCCUAAUUGCGACUCCGUUUGAAUUUUUUUCAAAACUUUUACUACAAGGAAAAUUAAAAACUCACAUGGCUGAUUUUAAAAUCGGACUUAAUUUAUUACUACUCGGUUUCGAAGGUUAUUGGAAAUAUGUUAGCAUGUACGAUUUAGAUUAUAAAUAUACUUUAUACACGCCAUUGGAAGGAUUUAAAAAAAAUGGCGUCGUAGCUAGAAUAAAAUAUAAAAAUAAUAUCGACGUAGAAUUGAGUUUAAAAGUUGCAGAGUUGAAGCUUGGCGUCAUGUUACUUUGCGGACACAAAACAGAUUCGUUAAUGAAUUUUAAAAAAUUAGAUCAAAGCGAAAGAAAACUUAAUAAUGAUGAUGAUGAUGAAGAAGAUGAAAAAUUAUCGUGGGAAGGUCACGCACAAAUCGAUACUUAUUUUUAUCCAACGAUAAAAGGAAAUAUAGACAUAGAAGAAGAAGAUGAUAUAUAUACUGUUAAAGGAGAUUUAAAAUUACCAAAUGGCACCGUCGAUCUUCACGACAUAUUAAAUUUCGAAGAUAUAUUCACAAUAAAAAAUAAAAUUUUUAUUAAUUCAUCAUUUUCUAUUUGCCAAGAAUUAAAUUCUAAUUUUACAUGGGAUAUAAUGCUUGGAGAAUAUCACAUAAUUGGAUUCGAUAUUAAUGGUCAUUUAUUUAUUAAUUAUACAAUCGAACCCGUAGGAGGAGAAGAUGAAGAAGGUGAAGAUGAUUACGGUGAUAGUUUUACGGGGCAUAAAAUUCACAGAUCGUACAUACGUUUAGAUACUCCAUCGAAAUAUUUUCCAAUGUUGGAUAUAAAAAGUUUGGUCGAAAUAAAAGAUAAUAAUUAUAAAACAAAUUUAACGAUAUUUACACAGCAAAAUUUUUUUUCCUCUUCUGGAAAUCUCCAGUUAGAAGAUGGUUUUAUUGAUGCUGGUAUUGGUAUGGUUAUGAAAUCACCAAAUUAUAACAUACCUGAUUUUAAACUAUCAGCAAAAAGAGAAAUAACAACGACUGAUAAAAAUAUUGAAUUUCUUUUAAUAUUUAAACCACCCAUACAUAAAACGUAUCAUUUCGAAUGGAUUUGGCAUUACGAACCGAAAAAUUCAUUAAGAUAUCGUUGUAAUAUAGAAACACCGAUAGAUUAUUUAAAAAAAGCAGAAAUAAUAACGACAUUUUCACAAAAUAAAGAAGAGGAAAGAAUAAACGCGGAUACGAGAUUAAUUUAUCAUCCAAACGUUGAUAUUAAAAUUAAUUUUAUAAAAAAAGAAAAAUCAUUAACACUAGAUGCUGAAACUCCUUUGAAAGGUUUUGAAAAACUACAAUACAAUGGUGAAAUUUUUCCAGAUGGUAACAAUAGAUUUAUUAUUAACGGUUUAUUGGUGUCAGACAAAAUUUCAUAUAAUGUCGAGGGUAAUUUAGAAUCCUCCGAAACUUUUCCACUGUCAAUGGCGAUAACAUUAAGACCUCAUUCGGAAGGUAUACGUUCGGCAACGACAUCAAUAAUUAUUUCUAAAAACGAUAGAGAAUAUGAAUUCAAAGGAAAUUUACAACAUGGACGAGAUAGUGUUUCGUCACGUGUGAAAAUUAUUUACGAAAACGAUAAAAUAAACGAUUUGACGACCAAAAUCGAAAGUACUUUUCCGAUUUUACGAAACGUCGACGUACACGUAAAAAUUUACGAAAAUGAAAAUGGAAUGAUUAAUUUAGAAUUGAACGGUGUCACGCCUUGGAAAUGGAUUGAAAAUAUAAAAGCAUCUGGAAAUUAUUUAAAAUUAGAAAGAACUGGAAGAUUGAGAGGAAAUUUAGAAACGACAAAAAUAAAAAGUUCACUAGAUUGCGAUUAUUCUUGGUCAUUCAUGGAACAAAUGGAAUUGUUGUACAAAGCUGAUUACACUUUAUCAGAUAGUAACGAAUCUAAAUAUAUAAAAGGAGAAUUAUUUUAUAGAAAUCCUAGUAAAAAUUUUAAAUAUUUAUCCGUUGGAGUUGAUAGUGACGUCAAUAAACAAUUCACAUUCGGUGCGAACGGUACUCUACUAUUACCAGCACUCGAAGAUAUAAAAAUUGCAUUAAAUUUAAAACUACCACCACCUGAACCGGAAAUUCAUACUUUUAUUGGAAAAUUACGAUACUCGAAAAGUUUUUCUUAUGUUGCAUACGCUUUGAAAUAUUCAAACGACGUAGGAAGAGGACUUUAUGGUACUUCUGGAGAGGUCAGUUACAACAAAAGCGAAAUACAAGGAAAUUUAAAUUUGGAAUGGGGAAAACAAGAGGAAGUAAAAGCUAUAACGAACGUUUUACUCAUGAAAAGACAGGAAAAGGUUUUAGAUGUUCAAUAUAACCUUCAUACACCCUAUCAUAAGGAAGAUACAGUUUUAGCAAAAUUAAUAUCCUAUAAACAAAACGGUCAUUUUGAUAUACAAGCUAAUCUUUAUUCUCCGAAAAAUACAUUAUUGUCUUUUGCCGACGUACGCUUUGUUGAUAUUUACAACAUGAACGGUACAGUUAAUACAACAACUCCAUUUUAUCAACUCGAAUAUGCUGGAAUGAAUUUUGAUAUACUAACACAAAGAGGAAGAAAAUCUAAAAGAUACGUUUUAGUAUUUUGGCCUAAUAAUACGGCUUUAGUUGAUUCAGAUCAUGUGGAUUCGAAUAAAAACGAUGAAAAAAGAGGUUUCACACGUAACGUAAAUGGAAGAGUUUACGUUGAAAUACCAUUGGCAACACGUCACGUCGCUUCAGGUUAUUGCAUUUUUGAUUAUAAUAAAAAACGUUUGUUGGAUGGUACAUAUAAUUGCGAUAGCGAAUCAAGAGCGGGAUUCAGUCAAGAUAUUGUUGAUAUAUCUGCUGUUAAUACUUAUUUACCUUUGGGCAUACAUUACAUAAAACAAUUUCAUUACAGUGCCGGAAACGAUCAAACAAAUUAUCCAACAGUUGAUAAAAUAACGGCUGACGUAUUUCAAUUGAACAACAAAACAAAUUUUAAUUUAAGAGGUAUCGUUGAAAUUAAAACAACAAUCACUGGUAAAGAUAUUAAAAUGACGGCGAUACACGCAAAUCGAACCGUAGAUUUGGAUACAAAUUAUCACUUUUUAGAUCACGAAUUUAAACAUUCGAGUUUGUUAAGAUUAGAUCCGAAAGUUUGGGGAAAUGAAGAACACGUUACCGUUAAUAUAUCAUAUCCGAAAAGAAAUUUUACAAUAACAGGAUUUAUGAGAAGCGAUCAAAAACAUCACGAAAGCGAAAUUAAAGUCGAUUGGGAUCGUCCUCAGCAUCCCAGAACAAUCGGAGCUGGUAUUGAAUGGUGGAGAGUAUCGAGAAAACCAGAUCAACAAGUUUUAACAAUUAGUUUUAAACAUCCUUCUUUUGUUAAAGGUAAAAUACAAGAUUUAUCAAAUCACGUUGAAAAAAAAUACGACAUACAUUUGUCGGCUAUUCAUCCUGCGACAAAACUCGAUUUUUCGACAAAAGGUACCGGAUAUGGCGGUUAUGAAAUUUAUACCGUUAACAGUAACGCUCAUUAUCAGAGAUCUUUUCUAACAAAACAAGAGGGUAUGCUCAUGGCUAAAAUCAAUACGCAUGACGAAUCCUAUUUAAGAAUUAAAUUUCAUAACGACGAUAAUUGUUGUAGUAGAUUAAAUGGAACGAUUGCUAAAUCAAACGUUUUUAAUUACACUGGAGAUUUUUUUAUCGACGUAGAUGAAAAAAUUUUGGAAUUUUUAGUCAACAUGACACCCGAUGCAACGGAAACAUUUCACGCUUCCGGUAGAAUUCCAGAUGUUAGAAACGCACAUUUAAAUAUUUGGAGAGAAUAUGAUGACGUGACGAUAUCCGACGUUGCUUAUUAUUUAAAAUUAAAUCAUUCGAGACUCGUGACGUCAAAACUUAAAUGGAGAGCUAAAUUACAAAAGGAAAUUAUAACUGGAGUCGAAUACGUUUACGCAUCGGUUUUAAAACAUGCAGAAGAUUCGCUGGAAUACUGGAAAAUGUACACUCGUUCAGAAAUAAAAGAAGCGAUUUAUGACAUUUGGUUGAAUUCGAAACCUCACAUACAAGAAUUUUUAGAUGAUUUAGAAGCAUUGAAAACUCUCGAACAAGAUUUCGAAGGUUUUAAAAAAUUUUUAAACGAUUCAUAUAAUAAUAAUGAUUUUUACAUAAAAGACAUAACCGGUAAAAUAUCGAUACUGAUCGAUGAAUUAGCAAUUAACGGUCACGUUGCUGCUUUACCGGAUAUAUUAAACGAAAUGUGGCAGGUCAUGGGUGAAAGUGGAGAAGCUAUAAGAAACAGCAUAAUAUGGAUAAUCGAAACCGUCAAAACAUCCUAUAGGAAAGCUAUGGAUUUUUUAAGGGGAUUUUUAAAAGGUGAUUCCGCCGAACAAAUUUCCGCACUCGUGACAAACAUAAUCGAUAAAUAUGAUAAAAUGGUUAAAGAUUUACAAGUAACGGUUGUGAGACAUUUGGAACAAUUAUGGAAUAAUUUUUUAAACAUGAUAUCCGAAUAUUGGGAAUUUUUUUUAAAAUCCGUCGAACCGACUUUUAUUAAAUUUGUUCAUUAUGCAGAAACGGCAUUUCUACAAGCAAGUAACGAAAUACUCGUCGAAUUGAUAAAAUCACCGUAUUUUGCUAAAUUGGCCAAUUUCACAACGGAUUUUGAUAAAUUUUACAAGGACAUAACUAAAAAUAGCACGAUAACGAAUAUAAAAAAAUAUUCUGUAAAAUUUUAUGAUUUCGUCAAAGAAAAAUAUUUCACACUCGUACCUUUUGGAAAAGAAAUCCAAGAAAUAGUUGAUGAAAUCGUUAACGAACUUAAAGAAUUAAAUAAAUUACCAUCGAUAAAUUACAUAGUGACGAAAACAAAAGAUUUUUACAAUAAAUUAUCUUGGUUAUGGGAAUCCCUUGAUCUCGAAGCUAAAAUUCAAAGUGCCAUAAGUUUAAUACAUAGUAAAUUAACGGACGGUACGAAAUCGGCAUUAGAUGCUGAUAUAAGAUAUAGAAAAGCUAAAACGAAAUUCGUAUUCGACAUCGAUAAAGGAAUUAUAUUACUUGAGCAAAAACUUCCAAUGUCUUGGCACGCGUUUAAUGAAACUCCGAAAUUCGAAGAAAUUCCCGAAUAUCGAGCCGUUGCUAAUUUUCAAAAUUAUUUAGCAUUUUCAAAUAAAACAUUUUGGACAUUUUAUCACGAAUAUAAACCCUAUACGGAAAUACAAAAUUGGUUUCCACCUUUCAAAUCACAAGCCAUUAUAGCCGGAAAUCAAUUUUUCAUGACUUUUGAUAAAACAUUUUAUGAAUUUCGUGGACCUUGUCAAUAUUUAUUAGCACACGAUUUUGUUAAUAAUAAUUUUUCUUUGUUGAUGACGAGAGAUUCGCAAGUUAAACACGAUUAUUUUACUCUGACUCUUAUAAGUCAUAAUAUUUCUAUAUCUAUUGAUAUGUUCACUGAUACCGUUAAGUUACCCAAAAUGGAAGCCAAUCAUUUACCUGCUGAAUUUGGUAAUUUAUAUAUAUAUAAAGAAAUGGGAGUGAUAACAGUAGAAGAAAGAGAAGGGUAUAUAUUACAAUGUAACGUUUUGUUUAAAGUUUGUUCUUUAACUUUAUCCGGUUGGUAUUUCGGUAAAACUGCCGGACUUUUGGGUACGAUGGAUCACGAGAAAACAUCGGAUUUUCUUACUUCACAAAAUCACGUCGAACCGGAUGUUGGAAAAUUUGCAUAUAGUUGGGCAUUGGAUAAAGACACGUGUAAAUAUGCGAAUAAUCAAGCCCACGUGUCAAAAAAUUUAAACGAAGAAUUAUUUAACGUUUGUGCAUCAUUGUUCAAAUCGAAAAAUUCACAAUAUUCAACUUGUUUUAAUAGAGUAUCUUGUCUCAAUGGUAAAAAAACAAAAGAUAAUUCAGAUGUUUGUACAAUUGCCGUAGCAUAUUCAGUUGCUUGUCAAUCCGAAUAUACGCCACUUCCGGUACCGGAUUUUUGCGUUCAAUGUAAACUCAUGAAUAUGAAAACAGUACCGGAAGGAGAAUAUUUUGAAUUAUCAAGCGAUGAAAUUCCUAAAUCAACGGAUGUUGUUUUUAUUAUCGAAGCUAAAGAAUGUAAUAGAAAAUUAUUUUCCGAAAGGAAUAUGGAAAUUUUACACACAAGUUUAUUUCGAGAACUCAUCGAUGAAGGUUUAACGGAUAAUAGGUUUGCAAUCGUUGUUUUCGGAGGUGAUGGAGUAUACGAUCGUCCGAGAACGUUAUUAUUAAAUCAAAACGUAUUUAACACGUUUAAAUUGUUAAAUAGUUAUUACUGGAAUUUUCCAGUCGGUCACGGCAACGAAGAUAUUUUCGAAGCCAUAGCAUUUGCAUCACAUUUAGAAUUUAGACCUGGAGUAUCGAAAACAUUUAUCGCAAUGCCAUGUUCUAAUUGCGAUGCGGCAAACAUGACGAUCGAAUAUAGCGCUUUGCGUGAAGUUCUCCUCGAUGGAAACGUCAAAUUACAUAUUUUGAUGAAUAACGAAUUUAUAUUUGAAAAACAAAAAGUUGCAAAAAUAUUUUAUGGUAUCGAUGGUAAAAAAGCGUACACGAAAAAAGAUUUUAAAACGAUGAGAGGAGACAACGAUUUAAGAAGACAAGCAAAAUUACCUAAAACGAUUAUGGGAUACUGUGCUCCUCUGGCAUUAGAAACAAACGGUACGGUUUUCACGGCUUUGAGAUUGGAAAAUGUUAAAAAAAAUGCCGUUAAAAAAUUUGCAACGGUUUUUGGUAAACGUGUGGCUAAAUACGCACAACCGAGCGAAUGUCAAAAAUGCGAAUGUUCCAGAUACGAAUCCGGAGUUAGUUUUAUGGAUUGUCAUCCUUGCGAAUAUCCGAUACCGGCUCAUUUUGAUUUGGUAAUUUUUUUCUUCAUAGAGUAA